UACGUGGUAUGUCAUAUGUACUUGUGUGCCAGCUUUUCCACAACAUUUUCCUCUUCUGUUCCGUCAAUAUUACAUUACAAACCUAUAUCUAUUCACGUCCACCAACAAGUUCGGAGAGGCUUUACUGUUCAAAACCCCAGCGAGAGAAAUCAAGCCUGUUGAAUGUUUGUGUAAUGUGACUGUAUGGAAAGCAAACCGAAGUCUGGUCUCGACGAAGGCGGCGCUCUCCUCAACACUUCACUGAGGGAAGAACACGAAACCUGGACACUGGUGAACGGACAGACGGUGACUACAGAUGAUGGAGCCACAUUUACCUUAUCUGCCUUUAGAAAGUCCGUCCUUUUAACCCCUUCAAAGUCCUCUUCUGGAGAGGAAGCGCUGUCAUGGUAGACGCACUGCACUUGGCGCGCGUCUGGACUGAUGGAGAACCGCGAAACUUCGCAGCGGGUGAAGAACAUCACGAACGCGCGUGUCCAGCGCGGUAGAACGAUGGAACGUUGACGCGAUACAUUGUAACAAAGACUCCCAUUAGGGACCAUUACAGACCAGUCUAUGCCAUGCGGACUCAGAAGUCCCACGGCCGGAGGUCAGCCACGCCUUCCCGCCAGCGCUUGCCACGUUUCAGUCUUCACUCCAGGAGAAAGAAAGAAGGUGUAAUCCAGGGAAAGCUGCGUAUCCGUUCCAUGCCGGGUGCCUUUCUGGUGCUUGGGGUGGUGGUUGUUGUUGUUGGCACUUCGCUUGCUGUGGCCGGCUACUGGCCGUACAGGUCCCAUCGAUCAUCAGUGGACACGGCAGAGGAAGGAUCCUCUGGAAGUGCAUCAGGAUGGGGAUUAGGGUCCAAAGGACUGUUUUCAGCAGCAAGUCUGGUUCAUAGUGAAAGGAUGAAACUACUAGGACCUGUCAUUAUGGGAGUUGGACUCUUCAUACUUAUUUGUGCCAAUACAGUACUCUAUGAGAACCGGGAUAGAGAAACUCAAAUGCUUCUGGCGCAGAUGCGGAGCGUCAUUUGCUCUGUUUCUGCAGCUGUUCCCUCAGCAGACCUCUUGCAGGUGAACUCUCUUGCCAGCCACUACCAAUGGGUCAGCAGUUUACCUGCAGCCCACCUGAACAUCCUCUGUCUGCAAGAAAUGUCCAGUUCGGAGCCUCUACUCCAAGUGAAGAGCAUGGAUGAGGAGGACAGCAUUCAGCAGCAAGACACGGUGCACACUGAGGUCCUUCAUCAUCAGGACUCUUCCUCCACCCCCUCGAUUCACUCCUCCAGCUCUUGUAACAACAGUAAGGAGGUUUUUUGCACAGAGGAACGGGGGACCAACUUUGCACUGGAUCUGCAGCAAGAAAGUCACUUUGGACUGAGCAACUGUUUGGCCGCAUCCUCGAUGUCCACAUUGGGUGGGGAGGACUUGGAGACCUUCUCCAUCCCACCCAGACGCUCCUACAGCAUGAGCCACAGAACUAAACCUCACAUACUGCCCAGGGAUCUGGUGCAUCCAGAGGACAAGUCCGUGUCUUUGACGGGUCAACAUAAACUGCUUCCAAGGCAGUCCAGCUCAGAGGUGUGCGUGAACAUGGUUGGCAUUACAAGCCUUGACUUUAUACAAAUGGAAGAGCAGAUGCACCGCAGCUGGCCUCGGCUGGACCUCGGAAGCGCCAGGAAGUAUCUCAAGCUGGAGAACAAGGAAGACUCUGUGGACAAGUUCCUGGACCAGCUUGAGCAGCAGUGCUUGCAGUUGAACAAAAGCUACGGCUCAGGUCCCUUCCAGUGAGCUGAGGUUUAAUCAUUACAUCAAGGUUAAUGGCUUGGCGGAUCAGAAGGAGCCUUAUAUAGUGCUAUACACUUGGAAUAACCCAACCAACAAAUGGGUGCAAGUUUCCAGUGGAUAUUCUUUGCACAGUUUCUGGAAUCCCUUGAGGCCAACUAAUUAGCUCAUUUCUAAGACCUAGCAAUUUAUCUCACUUGACUAGUUUUGGUAACUACAGUAGCUUGUUCAGAGAUUUGCGGAGUAUGGAGUUGUAUCACCUACUGCCCUCGACGGUAUGGAGAUAUAAGCCAGCGUCCUGAAGAAGGCUAGGGAUGGAGGUAUUUUACAGUCAUGGGAAUGUGCUAAACAGCUCGUGAUGUCAUAGAUGAUUGGAUGGAACCCAAUUGGAGGGAUCUGUUUGUUAUUGUUGCCCUACUUGUUGCUAGGACACAGCAAGCAGCAUUACUGAACCUUUGAGGUAGAAUAAACGAAGACCUCUGCAGUGACUCGAUUCAAAGUAAACCCAUUUCUGACUUCCGAAAUCAGGUCAGCCAAAAGCACGUCUCUGGUUUUGAUAGUUAUAAGGGCCAAAAAAUGGAGAAUGUUAUUUGACCAAAAAAAAUGGAUUUAUCCAAACUGCGUGUCUACUAUUGGAUUGUCCAUUGGAAUUCAUUUAUAUGGUUAAGGUAAUGCAACCUCAGUUGGAGUGUCUGUAAAUCUUUCGUCUAAGAGUAUCUGUUGUUCUUGUAUUUCACCUUUCUUCCAUUUCUGCCUGCCGGCAGUGAAACAGAAGCAACAAUGAUGAGGACGCAGUGCCCUCUUGGCUUCAUUAACUAAGGUGAUCAGUGUUUUUGCAUGCACUAAUGCGGGUACAUAAUUUCUUUCCCUUUAAAGGGUGGAGCUGGACCGAACCCCUCCUCUUUGCAGUGAGAAUGUGUAGCUUCACUCUGUUUACAAAAACAAGGCAGUCUCCCUGUCUCUAUUUCGUCCGUGUAGCCUGUUUUUGGUAUGCUAUUUUAUUUGCUGUGCGUUCUCAAUGUAUACUGAGCAAUACCCAUAGUCUGACUGACCAAUCAGAUCCUUUACACCACCUAUGAACUGAAUCCCAUGCCUGUGUUGCAAAUAAAAGGCAAAACAAAACCACUUUAAAUGUAAGCUUUGGUUUGCUGUCCAUGAUUUAAUGUUGAUGCACGGUAGCAUCAGGGGGUCAAGGUGUGGCUUUUUAUAUGCAGCUUUUUUUUACCCCUGCUGGUAGAUGCUAUAGCCAAAAAGCUUCUUUCUUUGUCGAUAGACACGCAUAUGCAACAUAUAAAUCAUAUUUUUAGCUGUGACAAUUUUUCUAAACCUAUACAGUGAUCCAUCAUAUGACAUUUUCAGCUCAGAGGAUAGUCUCAUAAAAAAGAAAUAAAAGAUUCUGAACUUGAGUAUAUGAAGGUGACAGAAUCCAGGUUAGAAAAUAUCUUGUAGAAUGAUCUUCAAUAUUGAACAUAUUUGCGUACUGCAUUUUGAUUGGUCUUCUGUCUUAGAUCUAUUUGCAUACUGACUGAUUGUUCUUUUUUCUUUUAUCUUUUAACCAUCCAUAGUCAGAGGAGUUGAGUUUUGUGUUGUUUCCGCAGACAACUGAAAACAAGGCACAUAUUUAAUUGACUUGAUGCUGCAUUUCAUUUACUUUGGCCAAAGCCUAAAAAUAAAUGUAUCGAAAAACUAUUAACUUUCACAAUUUUAGCUAAACUGUAACUGGUGAAUCUAAUUUAACUUAUGAAGUUCUUUAAUAAUUAAUAAUUAAAGGAAAGACCUGGUUUUGGACGGGAAUCCCUGUUGUUUAAAGGUGCAGAGAGACAUAAGAUCAGCGUAAUGGAGAAGAACUUUGUUAGACGUGUAUGUGCAAGAUUAUGUAUGUUUGAUGUUUGUAACCACUCGGCCAUCCGACCUUAAAAGCAAGGUCUGAUUCAGGUAUGAUGGAUGAAAGCAGUGUGAAAGAGAUUUGCUGUAGCUGAAUAUAUUUCCAAGGUGCUUUUAUUGAUAUUAGGCUACUCAGACAUUCAGUUUUUCUUCUACCAAACUAAGAAAUGAAUUCAGUAUAAACUACUUAUUGUACAAUCUCCAUUCAAACUUUUCAACAGAUUUCUGAUAAAAAAAUAAAAUAAACAAAAAAAAACUUUAUUAAUUUGCAAACUGAAUUAUGACUGGACGUCUUGCUCUUAGAUUUUUACAACUUUACUAUCAGUCUUCAUCUCCUUGUUUUUUUCUUUCUAUAUUUGGGUUCACAACUUUUUAAUAUAUCAUGUUCACAGCUGUCUUUAAUUUGGAGUCUCACUCGAUUUCAGUUACCCUGCCAGCUUCCUGUAGCUCGACUGUAGAGCAUGGCAUUGGCCACGGUCAUGGGUUUCUUCCUAAAAGAAGUUCACACUAAGUGACACGACAUUUCAAGCAGUGCCCUGCAAGCAGACAUGCUAAACUUCAUCUCAAGCCAUUGUAAAUCUGUAAAUGUUUAUAUUUUUCUUUCUUUCUUUUCUUUUUUUUUGUUUCAUCAACUGUUGCUCAGACAGAUCUCAUUGGAAUGAGCUGAAGAUUUCUGUGAAGAGCAUCAUUUUCAGUAUGUAUAAUAAUGUAUAUUAUUUUUGCGCAGGCUUUAAUGAAGUGUGACUUGCAAAGCAUUUUUUAAUCUUUUCCUUUCUUGAAGCAAUUUCUAAAUUAAGAAGUAACAUGAAACUGAAAAAAAGGCUGAAAUCAGAAUCGGGGUAUCAGAAUCAGAUCACUUUUCACAGAUAAUGCUUAUGACAUUAAUUAUAACCCAAUUGAUGUCAAAUAUGCAAAUCAAGCUAACGACCAAGUAUUGACUAAUAUGUUAUGUCAAACUGAUAUCAAGGUGCCUACUGGGACACAUAUACUAUGGUAAUGCAUGCACUUUUGUUAAUUGAUAUGUACAUUCAUUAAUGGUAUGUUAUUAAUAUGUACCUUGAAGGAAAAGGUAGAUGUUCUUACUGAUUUUAAGUUACAAUAGUUUGAAUGUAAACCAUAAACCAAUAUUGUGUGUAUGUAAAUAUUCAAACAAUCAGAAUGUAUGGCUUACAAAAGUCUGAUACUUUGGCAGAUCACAAUAACUUGAGUUCUUAUGCAUGCAGCUUUUAUUAGAAUAUUACAGAAUAUAGAAUAUUGUGGAAUUUUCCAGAAUGUUACAGAAACUCUUGGAAUGUUCCCACAUUUGUAAAAGAAAACGUGCAUCAAAAAUGCAGAAACAGAUAACUCCGUAUUUAACAAUUCUCAGAAAUCAUGUUUUUUUCAUUGUGUGUCCCAAUUCAUCUCAAUCAAACCACACUUGGGUUAUUUUGACAAGGCAAAAAAAAAAAAAAAAAA